AUGAGUAAGUACAUCCCUAAGUCCAAUAAGUACCUUAUCAUACCCGUCAGUCCGCAGGCUCCCGAUGCCAACUGGACGAUGGGAAUGCUGAAGCAAGGUCUUCCUGCUGCGGAGCGGGCUAAGCGGCUACUUAUAAUCUUCGAGGAUGACGCCGUUGUGACGACUGACACCGUCGCGGCGCUGCAGAGUGCUUUACCGAAACUCGACCCUUCCUUUGACAUCCUGGCGCUGGACUCUGCUGGCAGCUUCUGUUCCCUCAGCUGUCGUCUGGACUGGGUGAUGCGCAUGCUAGGCCUUCACACGCCCGGGUCCUUACCGCGGCUCAUCCGAGCACGCAUCUCCUUCAGCCGGACGACGGGAGUCGUGCUCUCCUACAAAGGUGCCGUACAGCUCUUCCGCUACUUGCCGAUCACACGGGUGUCAGAUCUAUGGGAGCGCGACCUGGGUAGCCAGGACAGGAGCCAGCGGCUCCAGGGAUGGUUUCCGACAGACAUAUAUGUCAUCCAUAGCUAUUGGAGUCCUGAGCGGCGCCACAUCGCCCCGGCACUCUGCGAUUGGUUUAAAAGGGAGGGUGGCCAGCUGGCGAAUGUACCGUGCACGCUGUUCCCUGGAUUUUGGGCGCGUGGCGCAACACGCGACCAGAUAUUGGAUCUAGUGGCGCGUCGCAUUGUUGCACCGGAGACGCACGCAAAGCCGCAGGGGCCCCUCACCCAGCUGUUGUACAGGCUUGGGUUUAGCGCCGCUGCUCCGCUCUUUGACGACGAGGAGAAAGUCAUAAAUCUCUCGUAUCUGGGGACUGCUGCAUCGCACCUGCUGGCUGUACAGAACUGGACCAUGGAGAUGGUGAAACAAGGUGUUCCUCCGGCGGAGCGCACAAAUCGCCACCUGCUGCUGUUUGAAGACGAUGCCGUAGUAACGCCGGAGACCGUGACGGCAUUACAAGGGGUACUCCAGGAUCUGGAUCCCUGCUAUGACGUCGUCGGACUGGAUUCCACGGAUAACUUCUGUACCUUCAGCUCUUUCACGACAGCCUUGCUGGACACGUUUCUCCUGCGCAAGUCUCCGUCAUCGCGGCUCGUGCCGGCGCGCAUGUCGUACAGCAGGAAUACCGGCUUGGUAAUGUCGUACAAGGGUGCUAUGAACCUCCUCAGUGGCUUACCCGUUACAAGAGAGAUUGACUUGUGGUUUCGGGACCUCAUGACGGAUCAGGUGCUGAAGAUCUUUGUCAUCUGCCCGCGGAUAGUGGGGCCUAUAGGACUGGAGACGGUGCAAUAGCAACCGGAUGCGUGGGUGGAGUUGGUUGCCCUCGGCCCUCGGCCAGUAUCUUGCGCUUGCAUUGGAAAAUGUGCUCUCUGGUUAAGGUCGCCGUAUCUGUAUAUUUUUUACGUCGGACGUGGACCGAUUACACUCCGGUCAGCUGUGACGACCUGCAUCAGACUUGAUGGCCUAUUCAGGCAACAUUUCGGACUAAACAUAAUGAGAAAUCGAGUUAUGAUUAAUUAAUUGCGUGAGUUUGUUGUUUCUGUCAUUGGACUGUGCAGAGCGUCUUGAACUCUUGUGUGUUGGCUGUGUACCAAGAACCCGUACAGUUUGGAACCUGUGAUGUCGGUCUUGCGUGACGAAUGGAUAGUGUAGCGGACUCAAGGGAUAACAAGGUAUAGAGCAGCGCUUUAGAAGCAGGUUUGUGGACGGCAGUGUUGUCCCGCCCAGGUGCGGAAACACGAGGUGGGUGCCGAAUAUAGCAGCUGGGGGGUUCUAGGGAAAAACUCGGGCAUCGUGUGCUAUGUGCGCGUGUGCACGGUCGGUGCGGUCACUGCAGGCAAAUCUGUAGUGAGGAUUGCGGAGGAGCUGGAAAAGGGAAAUCGC